AUGGGACCAGGCGAGACAAGAUAUAUUUGCGGCACUGGUCCGCACGAGUCUCUGUCGUUGGGACUAUCCAACCAUAGCCUUUCACCGCCUACUGGUGGUUCUAUGGAGCCCUCCCGCCGCAAGAAGAAUUUUGCGACGGGCGGGCGUCUUGAGGUCAGCAUCUCUGAGCGGACAUCCAGCGCCGUUCGAGACGUGUUCAACAUCCAAUUCGUUGAUGUGCCCGAGGCCAUUACACUACUCCUCCGGGGCCCGCUGAUUCCUUCUUACGAGGAGAAGAUCCUGUUUGGCGGCUUGACUGCUUUGCCUGCUUUUGUUGGAAUCGCGGAGCCCGUUGUUGUUUGGGUGUUAGAGGCGGGCUCCUUUCCCAAAGCCUUAUACCUGCUAGAGCAGGCUGUCGUUACGCUGUUCCGGUAUUACGAUUUCUGUGGUAGUUCCAUCAAUACCGAGAUUGGACCUAGUGUGCUGAUGCCGGGACCGCAGGGGGUGGAUCCUGAGGUUGGGAGCCCAGGACCUAGUACUAAUCUGCAGUCUUCGCGCCAUCUGAUCCAUGGAGAGGAGACUGAACAGGACUUAGGUGUCCGUGAAUUGGAAUAG